GAGAUGUGACAGCAGCAGGAAGUUGUGAAAGUCCAUUCCGAGAUCCGCGAGCUGACCUUCAAGAUCUGGCUCGAGCUGACCUUGGGCGGUGCACCAAGAGAGGACUUCCAUAACAUGAAUCAGGAGUGUAUCUUACUGAGUCCUAUUAUGGCCUGCAUAAAUCUGCCAUGUACGCGAAACGGAAAGGCCAUGAAAGCCCGCAACGGAAUCCUCGAAGUGAUCUACUCCGAGAUACGGAGGUGAAGAGCCGAGUAGCAUGCCGGCCUUUCUCCUUGGGGUAAGGGAGGGUCUCCUCGAAGAAUUUGGAACUCGCACGGGAUCUGCUCGAUCUGUUCAGCUUGACAGUUCAGCUUCAAAGCAGAAAGAGUGGGAAUCCACCGACGCCGAAGUUUCCCAGGACACGUUCAUCGUCGUACAAGGAGCCCACGGCACCACAUCUUCCACUUUGAAGAGGAAGAUGCCGUACUCGCGCAAUGUCUUCUCGAGACUCUGCGCCUUAGCACGACAGUACUCCAGAUCAUCAACAAGCGGACUAUGCAAGACACCGAAUUCGAAGGAUUCACCAUUCCGAAAGGCUGGGUGCUGGGUGGUAAGUUGGCUCUUGAUGGAGAACUUGAUAUCACCCGAAGUGUUCGAUCCGAGCAGGUUCAAUCAGAAUCCCGAUCUCUACUCCUUCAUCGCGUUCGGCAGAGGGCCCAGAAUGUGCUCGGGAGAGGAAUUCGGCAUGGCUGUGAUGCAACCCUUUCUCUACCAUCUCGUACAAAAUUCCGACUGGGAGCUGGUCGAUCCCGAGGAGGAGUUCACGAUGUUCUUCGCUCCUCGCCCCAAGCACAGCUUACAAACCGAGCUCAAGACAAGUCUCCAAGUGCGCCCCCAACCCCGCCUCUAUCCCCAAACUGGAACCGCCGGAGCACAAACUGUACAAUACCAAGGCCUACUGUGAGCAUAAUAAUUUAUAAUAGCCAGACGGACAUCGAUCGAUCAAAGGCCCCGAGCGUUCGUGCAAUAAAGUUCGUCUGGUCCUUUGGUCGCCGUCGGCGCACGCAGAAGAAAGAAAUCCAAAGGUAAUGCUCAAAAGUGACGAGAACGGCCAGUUUUAAGCAUGCCGGUUACGGUGUCUGAGGACAGCAGCGUAAUUGGCAUGGCAGUCACUCGAGGUGAAUGUUCGAGCAUGGACUGUGACACUUCCAUGCCCUUGUCCUUGUCACGCUUGUGUCCCCCAGUUGUCUCCGAUGGUCAAUCGGAGACAACUUCAAGGAUCAUGACAGGUCUAUCGGCGAUGGACCUGUCAUUGAUCACCCUUGAAAGAAAAUUCCACGGCUGCUCCUUGU